UCAAACAAUAAAUCAUGAGAAUAAUGUUUAUAAAUAAAAUAUGUGAGAAAUACAAUAUUUACAAUUAAUUUUAGUCCAUUCCCAGUGAAAUAAUAAGAAAAUUGAAAAAAGCCAAAUCAGAAUCAAAAACCGACAAUGCCCAAGUUAGGCAAGAAGUAAACGAAAAAGUUGCAGAAGAGACUAACUGCGAAAAUUGCACGUGCUUACAAUGUAACUAUACUUUACCGGCUCCCAAGAAAAUUAUAAAUCCUUAUAAAGGUGAAUUAAUGAGCUUGGUACCUCAAAAAUCUUUUGGCAGUUUCUGUGUAAAAUGCGCUGCAUGUUUGGCAGUAGCAAACCAGAUAGAACAUCUUAUAAGAGAUUUGAGCUACGAAUGUGAAACAGAUCCUUUAAAGAAGAAGGUUCUUUUAGAAAAUAUAGUUAAUCAUAUCAACACUCUGUGUAUUUCAGGUUUUAAAAAUUUCGAUUUAAGAGAAUACAAAUCACACCAUAUUAUAACAGACGACUUUAGAUGUACUCAUCACGUGGAAAGUAAUAUGGACGGCAAUUGGACUAAAAAAUUGAGAGAAUUAUGUAAACUGUAUACUUCAAGAGUAAACAUAGAAGAUAUAAGUUUUAACGUCUUGGAUUCUGUGGGUAAUUUAACAGAUACAUUUUGCAGAAGCACAGGAAUCUUUCGAGACUGCCUGAAAAUUAACUCCCAUCAAAAUAGUACUAUCGACUGUUAGAACAAAACGAAGAUAAUAUCAAAACACUAAUUUAUUAUAAGUACCAUCCUAAAUCAAUUAUAAUAAAAAAAUACAGCACUGAUAAUAAUGUUUGUUGAAGGAUGAUUUAAAAUUGUAAAAUAUACAAAUAAUCGAUGAAAGACCUUAAACCUUAACUUAAGAAUUAUUAAAAGAGAACACAGAGAAACCUGAUAGUGUACUAAAUAAAUAGAUUUUUUUGUUUA